GUAGGAACGAGAUAUUUGGCGGAAAUUUCAACUCUGCUGGAUGGUGGAUGCUGGAAGAUCUUUCAUUUAUCGCCAGAUCGACUGGCUCAAAUUAAGAUCUAGGAGCAAGUUACACCUCCAGCAUGAGGCUGACUUGCAGUGUUGAGGUUCUGAACCGAAUGCUACCAACAAUGAACAUGAAAAACAAGAGCAAAGCAGCCCACACCCAGUUGUCUAUAGGCAAGAAACCAGGAUCAGUGGACGGAACACUUUUCCUGAUGAUGUGUACAGCGAAAGAUCGCAACGGUGCAAAGUUUGUGAUCAACGACAACAUAGAGCAGAUUUUUGCGCGGUUUGUCAGUGAAGGCAAAGCUACCAUACGUGUGAGGGAACCUCCCCAGGACAUCAGUAUCAGCAAAGCUGAUUCAUUACAGCUGAAGAACUUUCUCUCCGUGCUCAGACUUGGUGCUCAAGGGAAAAGUUUGGAUAACGUCACUCUGUCUUGUCUAGCUCCAGCUUCUGGAAAAAAUGUCGAAAAACCCAAAACAAGACUUGUCAUCAAUUCCAGAAAGGAGUAUCCUCUGACAACAAACUUUCCCUCGCGUUUGGAGUUUUUACAUGUGUCACAGUGUCGCCUGAAAAAAGUGGAUUCCCGAAUGCUCAAGUUACAUUGUCUUGUUGAACUAAACUUGAGCGAUAAUGUGUUGGAAAGUCUACCAGAAGAUUUCAGCAAUGUUCCAAAUCUUAGAUCGCUGACUUUGGUACAGAAUAACUUGAAUAAUAUUUCUCCAAAAUUCUUUUUACAAUCAACUUUACAAAACAAUCUUCGUUUUCUUGAUCUCGGACAAAAUCAAUUUGAAGUUCUUCCUCUUCAAAUUUGUGAGUUGCAAGGUUUGGUGACUCUUAAAAUUGAUAAUAAUCAGUUAAAAUAUCUUCCUCCAACCAUUGGUAGACUGAAGUGUAUGAAGUUUUUGUCGGCAACAGGGAACAAGAUUGAAACUCUGCCUGCCAGUAUGACCCAGCUACAGCUAGAGACUAUAGACUUGUAUGGAAACCCAUUCCAACAAGAUGUCCACAACGACCUGCCAGACAGAUUCCCAGACAUUACCCUAAUGGAAUGCUGCGCCAGAUCUAUAAGAAAGCAUAGAGUGAGGUACACUGAGGAGGACCUACACACCCAUCUCUGUAGAUACCUAGACUCUGCCCGUGUGUGUUGGUGUGGAGAAUUCUGUUUCCGGUGCUCUGUGAACUUUACGACAAACCUGUCCCUGUCCAGGAUAGCACACACUGUGUCGGCCGUAGACCAACUUGGCAGGACAAAUGUGCCCAUGAUGUCCUUUCUGUGUUCCCCUCAGUGUCUCAGCAGAUUCCAGAAAAAUCCACACGCUUACUGGAAAAAGUAGACUUUCGAUAUGUUGAUUUUUUUUAUAUAUAUAUACUGUAUAUGUGAAAGACAUUAAGAGUAUUUAACAUCUAACAGUGGAGGAAUAUUAAUGGAAUUUGACUUGAGGAAACUGCAUUACAUAGAUUUACAUUAUUUAUUUGACAUAGAAUUGUGUUUAUGAAAAUGUUGCAGUGCCUUAGAAGUGCUUGCUAUAGCUGUGAUAAAUGGAAGACUAUAUAUACAUUUUAUAUGGUUUACCUUCUGCAUUAUCUCCCUUCAUCCAAAGACUAUUUGUACAUAAAGACUUGUUAUUUGCACAUUAAUAAUGACCUAUUAAUCAAAUUUAAUGCACCUCAUUUUGAAUGAAAAAAUUAUAAUUUAAUAGUAAUAAUGAAUUACAUCAUAUUGAUAGUAAUAUCAUCAAAUGGAUUUCUUAAAACAUUUUGGUUCAGGUUCUAAUUUGCUCUAGUACCGAGUACCCUGUAUCCCCCUACCCUGUUGCCUUUACCCCAUAAACUAACCUGUUUUUCAACCCAUACACUACCACCUGUACCCUUACCCCAUACACUGUAACGUGUACCCUGUACUUUUGUCAACCCAUAUCCUUUUACCCUGUACUCUUUGCCCGUUAUUGUAAUGUGAAAUUUUCCUUCAGUGAAAAUAAGUUGUAGUGUCUUCUUUUGAAAGAAAGUACAUGUAACUUGUUCAGCGGUAUUACACUAACAUGGUUUUGAAAUAAAUUAAGAUAAUC